AGCCCGGCUAGGCGCUAUAAACCUGGGCGCGAUCGGGUUAAGUUAUCCUGUUUCCUUUAACAAACUUGAAAAUCACGUAGCUAUCCUCCUCCAUAUAUUCUCCCUUUGACUGCUUUUCUGCGCUAGCAUGCGCGAUGUUAUCGUUUUCCUCACAAGCGAGAUGUUCCGAGGUCACCAGGGCUCGCUUACGAAAUGUUCAAGUUCCCCGCUAAUUGUGUGCCACCUCUGUUCGGCAGGAGCGUUCGCACCAACUUCCAGUGUCUAACACCGUCUUUCUCGCUAGCCACAGCGACACAUAACGUGCGGUAGUAGGUGCGAUGGCUGCCAUCCCACCCCCAGGAACAUGGAACAUAUGUCGGUCCGUUAGACAAGUACCUGGGCUUUCCGUGAAGGAGCAAAAGGCGCUUAAGACGUACUUGUCUACGCUCUGCAAGAAGUAUCUGGACCUGCAAAAACUCUGGCAAGAUCAAGAUGCGAAGGCAAAAGCCACACUACACCGAGAGGCUCGCACAGGCUUCCCGUUGCUGUCACGAUACAAGGACGAAUGGCCUGUGGCGUUCGUUCUGCGAAGUUUUCUCAUCGGAUCGCGUUCCAAGUCAAAAACACCAGCGCAUGCCUCUAGAAAGCCCGGCAAGAAAGUGAAGAGCGUUCCGGCGAGACCCAAGCGUCCGAUGUCCUCACCGUCAGUUCGUUUUGAUGAGAUAAGAGAAUCGUCCGCCGAUGAUCAUCCUGAGUCUGAGGACGAGACUACCCGAGCGUCUGGUUAUAUAUCAUCGGUUCGUAAUGGGCAUGGUCACGAAGUUUCGACCACUGAUCCAGCGGCAGAGAUGGCAGUGGUCCAUGAUCCGGAAGACGAAGGCGGUCACCGUUUUUCCAGUGAUACUACUCAAGUUCUGAAUCACAAUGGUCCUACACGAGAGCAGUCAACUCAUGCUGAUGGAAGUAUCGAUCCCAUGCAGCCUUCCGAAAGUGAUCUGAUGUAUCCAGCGGAAACGAAGCUCAGCAUGGAGGAAGUACGAGUGUUCUAG